CAUUCAGUAGCUCGCCUGUUCAGAAUAGAUAAACUGUCCCGUCUGUGUUAUUUACCGGGACACAAGAAACUAGCACAAGCACGGUUUUCAAUGACACACGGUUUGCUCAAACUGAUCCUCCACCGGUACAACUACAGGGGAAUAUUUUAACCUGACAUCGUUUGACAACCGCUCCGCUUGACAAGGACACUGAAGAUGGCCGAGCCACAGUAUACUCCCGUGGAGGUGGAGGAGGGCCAGAGGGUCGUCAACUACAUGAUGGAGAAGGGCCUGGACAAUGAAACCAUUGUCAAGCGAUUUGAUGAAAUAAGUGAACAGUACAACAAGGCGCAGAACCUUGUCGGUUACAAAUGCCCGAAAUGGAUGGGUGAGAGCCUGGCAGCCCUGUAUCCUAGCAACCGAGAGAAUAUCAAGAUCCUGGAUGUGGCCGCUGGCACAGGGAUGGCCGCGUUCGAGAUGAGGAAACAUGGAUUUGUUGACAUUGAUGGUCUGGAGCCGUCCCAGAAGAUGCUGGAUGAGGCCAAGAAGGACAACCUAUAUGGGCGAUACAUCUGUGAUCUACUUGGCGAAAACACCCUUGAUAUUGCCGAUAAUAGCUACACGGUGGUGACGAUGGUGGGUAUGAGUUCAGAGAUCAUGAAGAAACUCCCAGUGAAAGCUCUUGAGGAGCUGGCUCGAGUCACAAAGACAGGUGGGCAUGUCAUGAUCAACAAUUACGACCGCAACUUUAAAAGUGACAUUAUUCGUACAAAUCUUUCCGAUCUUGAAUCUCGAGGGGUCUGGAAACUGGAAGAAGAGCAAACUAUGCCAAAAAUAUCGCAUGGAGUUGAUGGUAUAUUGCAGGUUUAUAGAGUAUUGUAAGAAUACAGCAAUGUUGAAAUUGUAAUGUUUUCAUAAUCAAUUUUAUUCCCACUACAAGUGAAACCAUCAUCUGUAACACAAUCACAUGUUGUCAUAGUUCCUAAUAUUUUAUGGCGCUUCGAUCAAUAUACAAAAUUAAUCAUAACGUUUGUACGUCGAAGGCUAUAUUUAUUCAGACAACCUACAACCAAUUGACGAAAUAUGUCAAUUAUGACUCAUUUACAUUAAAAAAAUUCUUUAAAAGUU